AUGCCUCGACUCGGAAUGAAGUAUCAUAAGACUACGGAAGUCGAACGGACGAGGAUUUUAGAGGCUCGUGCUAACGGUCAAUGUCCUUAUGCUAUUGGAAAAGCUCACGGCAUCCCCCGGUCAACAAUCACAUCUAUCCUCAAGCGUGAUACCGCCAAAUAUGAGAGACGCGGCGGUCAUCGGCAAGCCAAGAUCACACAUGAGAUCAAAGCUUACCUGGAGGAGCGGAUUGAGGCUAAGGCUGAUUGCACCUUACGAGAGCUGAAAGAUGAGAUUCAUGUAUUCUUCAAUGUCGACGUCACCGAGCAAGCUAUUGGUAAUGCUCUUGAUGGCAUGUCCUACACGGUCAAGGAAUUGCGCCCUAUGAGCGUCACUGUCAACAAUGAUGUCAACAAGAAUAAAAGGUUUGAAUAUGCUCAGAAGAUAAUGGGUCUCCAAGGCAACGGCCACCGAACCUACUGGAUGGAUGAGA